UGAUAACAGUACAGUUUGCACUGUUGUGGAAUUGUGUUGUGUUUGUGAAAUGUUGAUUUUUAAGUGAUUUAUAAUAUCUGCGCCUAUCAAAUUUUGAACAAUAUGGCUUAUCCGAUGUAUGAAGUCGAUUGGAGUGUGCUGCCGCCAGAACAAAAUAGAAGGUUUAACCCGGCCUUUAAUAUUGCGACCAUAAAGCAAGUGGUGAAUGAGGCCAUUGAAAGAGUCGCGCCGGUUUCAGUGCGCAUGCCCACGCCGACCCGGCUGCGGGAUCUCAUCAGGCAAAUCAGGGCUGCACGGACGGCGGCGGAAGAACGGAGCGUGGUCAACAAGGAGUGCGCCUAUAUUAGGUCCACUUUCAGAGAAGAGGAUAGCGUUUGGAGAUGUCGCAACAUCGCAAAACUCCUCUACAUCCACAUGCUGGGCUACCCAGCGCACUUCGGUCAACUGGAGUGCCUCAAACUCAUCGCCAGUACGCGGUUCACGGACAAACGAGUGGGCUACCUCGGCGCCAUGUUGCUACUAGAUGAGCGGCAAGACGUCCAUCUCCUCAUCACGAACUGUCUCAAGAACGAUCUCAACAGCAACACCCAAUUCGUGGUCGGUCUCGCAUUAUGUACACUCGGCGCCAUCGCCUCUCCAGAAAUGGCGAGAGACUUGGCAUCAGAAGUAGAGCGACUGAUCAAGAGUCCAAACGCGUACAUUAAGAAGAAGGCAGCACUGUGUGCGUUCCGCAUUAUAAGAAGAGUUCCAGAUUUGAUGGAGAUGUUCCUACCGGCUACAAGGAGUUUAUUGACGGAAAAGAAUCAUGGUGUCCUUAUCACGGGCGUGACGCUCAUCACAGAGAUGUGCGAAAACAGUCCCGACACACUCAACCACUUCAAAAAGGAGAGCGGACAGCGCGAGAUUGUUCCGAACCUGGUACGGAUACUGAAGAAUUUGAUACUGGCCGGUUACUCGCCCGAGCAUGACGUCAGUGGCGUCUCGGACCCCUUCCUUCAGGUUAAAAUCCUCCGCCUCCUCCGGAUACUGGGCAAGAACGACGCGGAAGCAUCCGAGGCCAUGAACGACAUCCUAGCCCAAGUAGCCACCAACACGGAGACCAGCAAAAACGUGGGAAACACCAUCCUCUACGAGACCGUGCUGUCCAUCAUGGACAUCAAGUCAGAGAGCAGUCUACGGGUCCUAGCGGUGAACAUCCUCGGAAGAUUCCUUCUGAACAACGACAAGAACAUCAGAUACGUCGCGCUGAACACGCUGUUGAGGACGGUGCAUGUCGACACGUCGGCCGUGCAGAGGCAUCGGACCACCAUUCUGGAAUGUUUGAAGGACCCCGACAUCUCCAUCCGGCGGCGCGCCAUGGAGUUGUCCUUCGCGCUCGUGAACCAGCAGAACAUCCGCAGCAUGAUGAAGGAGCUCCUCGUGUUCCUCGAGCGCUCGGAGCCGGAGUUCAAGGCGCACUGCUCCAGCGCCAUGCUGCUGGCCGCCGAGAGAUACGCGCCCACCAACAAGUGGCAUCUAGACACGCUGUUCAAGGUGUUCCUCAAGGCGGGCAACUACCUCCGAGACGACACCGUGUCCAGCACCAUCCAGAUCAUCUCAUCGGCCCCGGCCGAGCGGCAGGCCUACGCGGCCAUGCGGCUCUGGAGCUCCCUCGAGCGCUCCGCCGUCAACGGCGACUCCUCCGACAAGCAGCCGCUAGUGCAGGUGGCAACAUGGACGGUAGGAGAAUACGGCGAUCUGUUGGUGUCAGAAGCCAGCAAUGCUAUUUCCAUGGUCGAUGAUGACGGCGUAGACGACUUCGAGCGUCCGCGCGAGGAGUACGUGAUCGACAUCUACCAGAAGCUGCUUUGGUCGACGCAACUCUCCAUCACCACUAAGGAGUUCUUGCUACUGUCCUUAGCUAAGCUGUCAACCAGGUUCACCAGCCAGCCUAGUCAGGAUAAAAUCCGAGUGAUCAUCGACACUUUCGGUUCUCAUAUUCACAUCGAAUUGCAACAGAGAGGAGUGGAGCUAUCUCAACUAUACAGACAAUACGCGCACCUGCGGCCGGCGCUGCUGGAGCGCAUGCCGCCCAUGGAGGCGCCCUCCGCGCGCGCGCGCGACGACGAGCCCGAGCCCGAGCCCGCCGCGGAGCCCCGAGCGCAGGGGAACCACCAGGACGCCCUCCUGGAUUUGAUCAUUGGGUCCGAGCCGCUGACGAAUGGCGACGCCGAGCACCGCACUGACGUCGCGGCGAACAACAACAAUAACAACACCAACACUAAUGAUAUCCUGGACUUGUUAAGUGGACUCGAGCUGACCAGCACCCCUGCGGCCGCGCCGCCGCCGGCGCUCAACAACAACGCGGCCAACACCGCCAGCCUGCUGCUCGACGGACUCUUCGCCGCGCCACAGCCGCCAGUUUCACAACCCUCCCUAACCGUACCAGCGCUGGACAAGGCCGGUGUGGUGGUGGUGCUGGAGGUGGAGCGCGGCGCGGCGCACGGCGUCACGCUCACCAUGCGCGCGCGCAGCUCCCGCCUCGAGCCGCUCACCGACUUCCUGUUCCAGGCCGCCGUGCCCAGGACGUUACAGCUUGACAUGAUGUCGCCAUCGGGCACAGUGCUGCCCCCACAGGGAGAAAUCACUCAGGUCCUCAAAAUCAACAAUCCGUCCCGGACGCCGCUCCGGCUCAGGAUACGAGUGUCGUACGUGUGUGAAGGAGGACCGGUGUUAGAGCAGGCGGAGGUGAACGCAUUCCCCGCCGACCUGUUCAACUGACGCGCGCGCAGCCCGCCCGGCGCGGGCCUGUAGCCCGACCACGAGCACGAGCCGGCACCGGGGUAGCGGCGACACGUUUUCAAUGGCCCGAAUACACACGCAGUACGAGCGAGAAGAAGUUAGGCACCACACGAAGCGGCUCAAUCUGUAAAGGGAUCAUUACAUCACACAUAAUUUCGAUUUUUUAGAAACCCCCCUUCGGUCGGACUUUUUCAUAGGAAAGAGAUAUUUAAUACGUGCUGUCAAACUUGGCAUGACCCCCCCUUGUUGCUAACUGACGUAAUAUGUGGUUGAACCCAAAGACGUAGCUCGCUUGAGACAAACGCACGCGCAAUCGGGCGAGAGACAUUUUUACAGAUCGAGUUGUUCCGUGCGGUGAUUAAGGACCAGUUGCACCGACCACGACUAGUGGACUGAUAGACGUCACUCGGCAGUGAACUAUCAAAUUUCCCAUGCAAUAAAUUUUAGUGGACGCUUUAACGGUGACAGAACGGUCUGGUGCAACCGACCCUCGAUCGUGAAGCGGCCCGUAUUGUGUGGUCCCGCAUAAUUGCGACAGAUUAAUAGGAAAGGGUGAUAUGAUACUGUGAAUGGGACAAAUCGCAACGCAAUAACACAUCGCAAUACAGGAUGGCAGUGCAGGCAGGCUCGAGGGGUGACCGUAGAACGUCAAACCAUACAGGCAAACGGCGAAACAAGGAGAAAAUGACAUUGAACAUAAGUAUAAUGUUUGUUACUAAUUCCACAAAUAGUCUUUGAUAAAUUGUAACUUGUUAUCAAAACGGUAAUAUCAACGUACACAAAGCCCUGUAUUAAUCAAUCGUGCAAAACUAUCAGUAUGUGAAGAUCCCCUUAUAGGGCAUAUAGGGGAUAUACAUUUUACAAGCGCCCUCAGUAUCUGCACAUAGGAACAUACAGCAUGGUUAGUUAUAGAUAUAUCCAGAAUUACGAUCAAACUGACAUUGGCGUGUAUAAAUACAAUGAUGUUAGAAUCAUCGCUUUUUGGGUAUUCAUAAUUUUUUUAUCAUCUAAAGUAUUUCAUUUCAUUUACAACACUAUAAACAUAUAAUUUUCUAUGAACCUCAAGCGUUGUCUAUUUCUCAUGUAUUUUAUUUUAAUUAUUCAUACUAUAAAUUAAUUUCAUGAAUAUAUUCUAACUAUUGUCAGUUUACGUAAUCCUGAAUACUACUUUACUAAUUAAAAGGUUGUUGCUAUCAAAUUAAAUAUCAAAAGAACACUUAGUUUUGAAGAAUUGAUUUAUUUACGUCUCUCGCGGCAGCUUAUACGGUUUCUUUAGCCUUUUAUUUCUCGCUAAAGACUGACUUCACUAGACUUGCGUAAUAAGUAGUUCUGUAAAUGCUGAAUAGAACCGUAUUGCCUUGAUGUAAGGACGACAGUCGCUUGUACAUAUCCGAGAGUUAGUGAGGUUUUAGACAAUGAUUAACAAGAAUAUUUCCUGUGAACUGAUAUGCUUUUUAAGUCAGGAUGAAAGUAUUUGAGGCAUACUUGCUCAUUAUAAAUAUGAAGACGCAAAUAGACACAAUGUUGCAAACGGUACAGUAAAGGGCCAUAAAUAAAAUAUAAUUCGUUAAAACAAAAAAGACGUUAACUUUUUCUAAGUUCCCGUUUGUAAAAUAUGUCUAAUAUAUAAUUGACUUGAGAUUUUAAACAUUCCAAUUUUUAAGUAAAGUAAGACUAUCCUUAGGUCUAAAAAGAGGGCUGUAUAAAUCUAUGGUUUUGGUAAGGAAACUCGAAUCGUUGUUAAAUGUGAAAAUAUCAACUGGGCGAUUAGGCCGUGCAGUUUUGCCGAUACUGCCCAUACCAUACCGAAUGUGAAUGACUGGUUAGUGCGGCCAAAUCCAUCUGCGGGAAAAAUUCUAACAUCACUAGGUACGCGGUUAAAGGAACGAUAACAUUCUCUGUGAUCAACAGUUGAAAAAAUGCGCUCUUGGACGGAUUUCCCCGCACUUAUAGAAAAAAAUUCCAUCACUUUUAUGUAAUUAAUUUAAAUAAUACAUUUUUAUGGUCAGACUUUGUCAGUAUUAGUAAAAUCUCAAACUGAUGUAUCCCAGUCUGAACUACUUACAGAUGCAACGCAAUGCCUUUACAGAUUCGCUGCUUAUAUGGUUAGUUAUCAAAUAUAUUGUAGGUACAUGUGACGAAUGUGUAUUAGCCCAUCUGUAUGUUAAAACAUGCAGUGUGAUAACGGGGACUCUAAAAUGUACUUAAAUUCAACUACUAAGAUAAUUUACGUGUGAUACAGCACUUAGGAUACGUGUUAAAAUAUCCCUUCGGUAAAAACUUAGUCAUUGAUAAAAAAAUUCGCACGCCUGUUUAUUUAUUGAAGUAUAGAAUACGUUGUGUAAGGGUGGUAUUUCACCUGUCCAAUUUCAUGGACCAAUGUGCAUUGCGUCUCUCAUUAACCCCUGGAACGCCGAACCGACAAACGUACUUGUACCCGUCAGAUGCCUAGUGCCGGAUCCGUCCCAUCCCCCUCAAAUGCCGGAUAGGCUCGCGUACGUGCACCCGUCAACUGCCGCGAUAAAAAAAAAGUGCUAUAGUGCAAAUGAUAUAAAACUCUAUUUUGAAGUGUUUAGAUCUCAAAAUUGUAAAAAUAUAAUACAAUAAAUUUGGUGACUGAUAAGGCACAAGGCAGUUGAGACAGUUUGUACAGAUCUGGGACUAGGCAGUUGACGGGUACAAAAAUUGAAGACCCUCCGGCAGUUGACAGGACUGGUACGGAUAUGGCACUAGGCGUCCCAAGGGUUAAGCAAAAUGUGAGACGCAAAUACACAUUGGGCCAAUAUAUUGGACAGAUGGAAUACCAUCCUAAGGCCUAGUUUAGUGCUGCGAGUUCCCGAUGCAUUUCGUUAUUUAAGAGUAGAUCGUGUAUGAGAUUCGUUGGGUUAGGUUAGGCUAGUUGUUUUGUAAGCCACGCAGAGGAUUUUAUAUUCGGGAUAUUGUAAAUAAGAUGGCUUGUAAUCGAAACUACGCAUUAUGGAUAGCAUUCAAAUGUUAUAUUCCCGUUUUGGUUCUCUUGGGAUAUUUUAACGUUAAGUAGGCACUAGUAUUAAUUUUAUUUUUCCUAUUUAUGUUUAUGAUUAACCCCUAACUGGCACAUUAUAAAUGAAAUAUUUAGCUAAGAUAAUAAUUAUUGAAAUUGUAACAGAUGACGAGUUCCGCGGUUCGUUUUACUAUAAUCAUGGAGUAUAAUUAUACAUAUAAGGUAUUAUUUCCCAAUACAUAAACAGAGCUUGGCAAAAGUUUAUAAAAUGUAAUUUGGUGCUUAUUUUAUUAUAUCUGAUUAAAUAGAAGGCCCUCCACGACGUGAGAUGUUAUGAUUUUGUGUAGGUAUAACUAAAGCUAUGUGAAAGAUGUACAUAUAUGAUUAUAAUGAUUUUAUGUAAAUUGGUUAAUAAAUAUUUGAAAAUGUUUAUAUAAUCAA